AUGCCGCCAGAAAGGAGCGGGACCCCACGGCGCUCAGAGCCCUCCGAGGCCGUCAGCACCAACGCGACCCCCGCGCCGUCGUCGCCGACCCCGACCGCGCCCAAGGCGGCCAAGCGCGGCCGGCAGAGCCUUCCCCCGCUCGUGCUGGCCGAGGGUGGGGCCCGUAGGGGGGGCAAGGGCGGCGGCGGUCCGCGCCGCUCCCUCCCGCCUGCGCCGUCGCCGCUCAACCCUCGCGCGGGGCGGCGCCUCUCCCUCCCCUCCUCGUCCGCGUCGCCGCACCCCUCGCAGCACCGCGCUUCCAACAAGAUCCCCCUCCACCCCGACUUUGACGCGGUCGGCGACGUCGUGCUCGUCUGCUCUGAUGGGGAGCAGAUGGUCGGGUUCAAGGUCCACUCUGUUGCGCUGAGGACGGUAUGCGACGCGUUCGCCGCCCUCGGCACGCCGGCCUACCGGCCCCCCAAGGGCCAGGUUUUCCUCGACGAGCCGGCCGACGACGUACACGCCUUCCUCCGCUUCCUCACCACCGAGCCCGACAAGCUCACCCUCUCGCUGCUGCAGUGCAUCGCGAUCAACCGCCUGCUCAAGCAGUUCAGCGCAAAGCUCUACCUCCGCACCCCGCUCGCGGGGUACGUGUACCUCAACGCGGCCAACCUCGUCGCCGGGCUCGGCACGCAGCCGGCGAAAGCCCACCUUGUCCGCAUGCUCGGCUUUGCGGCCGACAUCCGCUCGGCAGAGCUCUGGCACUGGUUCAUCUUCAACAUCCGCUUCGUGUGGCCCCAGGACGCCAUCCACCCAAACCACCUCUCUGAUGAGGAUAUCCGCACCAUGGGCGUCUCGGCCUACGGCGUCCUCACGUUCCUCGCGUUGGGGUGGAGCCGGCUCGACGAGUGCAAUGUCGGGCGUGAUCCCACCGGACUCUUCUUCGUCAUGCGCACCGCGGCGCAUGGUCAGCAGAUUUUCACCGACACCAACCUUUAG